AUGAGCAUGCCGAAUGUGAACUUGAAGGCAAUUUCCGAAGCUUUGGUGAGCUGUAAGGACUCGCUCUGCUCUUUCGAUUUGCCACAGGCCGUUCCAGUGCCGGGACGGAGCCUGCCUGGCUUGGGCAAGGCGACAUGUAGAAGAAAGCAGCUGCAAGCACGCUCUCAGGAGGGCAGUGUUGUUCCCGCACUUGCAGUUUUGGCUCAGUGGAUCGGGAAUCCAAGACUCUGGAUGUCAUUGGCACGAGUGGAGAGGUUCAUGAGCAUUGCCCGGAAAGACAGGCACAUUCUAAGUUCCUCUGCGUUCUACGGCGCCUCUCCUCUGGAUCACUGCCGAAGUUCUAGGCUUCUGGCUAUGGGCCGCUGGCACUGGUUGGGGCUGUGGCUCUUCCUUCAUGAGGUCACGCAGCUGCCGCUCGUGGAGCCCCCGACUCCACGCGACGUGGAGCGCCGGCAGCGGCUACACAGGUGGCCAAACUUCCCUGCUGACGUUGUCGACACCUUCCGGCAGUGGGGUGUGGAGCCUAGGUUACUGGCCUCUGAAGUCCCAGCGUUGCGUGCCGGGGGCGCUGUGGAUGUCGACGCGAGGAUGCGCUUUCUCACCUCCGUGUUCCGGAGGAGUGUCGCCAGCCUCGCAGAGCAUCCGCAGUUUCUGUGGAGUCGCUUCGAGGCUCACAUCUUGCCGCGAGCGCUCUAUGCUGACCAGCUGGGCCUUGCGCAAGUCAUCGGCUUGCGAGACCUUCUCGGAACUCGAGACACAGCCCUCCAGGAUGCCAAAGCCUGGCCGGCCGUUUGUGGCCCGAAAGCUUCUCGUGCCGACUACGAGGAGUUACACUUGGCCUGCACUGAGCUCCAUCGCCAGGCUGGGUUCUUCGAAUCGAAGACGCUGUUGCACGUUGUGCAGCAACUGGCCUCCCACUCUGCACCGCUGCUGCCACUGACGCUGGCAGAGGGCCUCGAUGGACUUCGGAGAAGGCUGUCUGCGCCUCCCGUCACUUCCAAGGGCCCCCCGUGA